CAUUGUGAUCCAAAGUCCUAACCAAGCCAGUGAAGAUGUUCAUCCAGAGUUUUCUACUGCUAUUGGCAAUUGGUUUCCUGUCUGCAGGACGAGUUCCUCGACCGGAGGAAAGGAUUAUCGGUGGGCAGAACAUUGAAAUAGAACAGGCUCCUUGGCAGGUGUCCCUUCAAGUGAAUGGGGAACCCCAUUGUGGAGGCUCUAUUUACAGCAAGGAUAUUAUCAUAACUGCUGCCCACUGCCGUUUUGAUAAAAAAAAACGUCGACUGGAGGCCAGAGAUUUCCUAAUUCGCGUGGGCUCGUCGUUGUCGAACUCCAAAGGAACCCUUGUCAAAGUGGCCGCCAUAAGGUCUCACGAGAAUUAUAACAGUACAAAUUUCACCAAAGACAUUGCCGUCAUGCGAUUAAGUGAGCCUCUUAAUUUCACCGACAAAGUCAAGAGUAUCCCUUUGGCCGAGAGGAAUCCUGCUCCUGGAACAGUUGCAAUGGUUUCCGGAUGGGGAGCAACAUCAACAUAUGCAAAGUACUCAUAUCCGGUUCACCUUCACGGCGUAGACGUCCUUAUAUUAAGGGUUGAUCAGUUUUUCAUUUUUGCCGGAUCAUAUGGACAAACGACUUGUUAUGGUGACUCUGGUGGACCAUUGGUUGUAGACCAACAACUUGUGGGUGUCGUUUCGGCAGGAUAUACAUAUUGCGAUGGUCGUACACAAUACAUAAGUGUAUCUGACGAAAGGAGCUGGCUUUUAAAUGCCAUUGCAUCUAUUAAAUUAUAAGAUCGAAUGUAAAUGAAUAUCAAAAUAUUAAACCAGUUAAAAAAAAAUAAAAAUAAAGGAUUUCAAUGAUACUGUGUUGAAGCAUCUUGGGAGCAUAA